AUGUCUUUCGAUAUUGUCUCUUCCAGCCACCUUCACAACGAUAUGACACUCAUCAGCCCGCAACGUCUCAUCAGUAACCGCCAUAAACCGAUCUCUCAACUGCACAACUCUCUCAUCAACAAUGACAUCAUCCUCGUACUGCGCCGGUGUAGCCUUCCCAAACAACAAUCCAACAGCACCCCCAUGAUAAAUACUAAACUUCGCCUCCAACCCAUCCUUUGGCUUCGUCUUCCCAGUCAACUAAAGCACAAGCGAAUGAACUCGAACAACAACACUCUCAACAUCGUUCACCUCAACCCCAACCCUCCCUAA